AUGAGCUACCUCCAGGCUUUCGAACUGCCAAAGUCAAAUCUUCUAACGCCAGAUUUUGUCAGUUCCAUCAACAACCUCGCUCUCUCCGCGACUUCUCUUUUGUGCAAUGCACCCAGCCUUUCCACGGAUGUUGACUGUUGCUCAGAAAGCUCAUUCGAGCGAGAUGUUGACUCUACCAACCAUAUGGUCCAAAGGCAGGGGUUUUCUAUUUAUAGGAAGGGAAGGUGGAGGCUGUUGUCUGGCUUUAAUGGCAGAAACAGACAUAAGGGUGAUGAGGAAGAGGACACUACGUGUGUCGCCGUAAUCGAUUAUCGCAAUGGGGACUUUUUUAGCACCGAGGCCAACCACAACUCCUGUUCCAUCCUGGAUGAUCUGGAUAAGUUCGAGGAGGCCAGAACAUCGGUGUCUGAUUGUAAUUCCUUGGCGAUGAUGCGACGCAUACGUCAUAACUCCGCCCCACCUAGAACAUCGGUCCUCCCGGAGGGAUUUGAUAAGUCAAUUGGCGCAAGGCGUUUCACGGCACAGCUUUUGCACCAAAUUAUGUCAUCACAGGCUCGCUAA